AUGCAUUUCCUCACUAUCGGAUCCCUCUCGUGCAUGGCGGCACUUGCAUUGGCGGCGCCCACCGUAUCAACCACAUCAAACGCUGAUCUGGCUGAGCGAUUCACAUUCGAAGACUACUCGGGAACCUCCUCGGCCGACGACAAGCGUGAGAUCACGUUUGAAGACUACUCUGGAACUUUAUCCAACGCGGACAAACGCUCACCAGAUGUUCUUGAAGCAAGAAAAAGCAGCCAUAUCUCUAGCUGUGGCGACAACUGGAUGCCCAUCAAAGACACUUAUAGCCCUGCGGGCUCUGGUUAUGAGUCUGCUGUGAACGCAUGGUGCUACCACAUCACACACCCCAUGGAUGAUACGCCCUCGAUCAUUCCACCGAAAGGAAUCCUUGGAAGUCGCAUAGCCGGCGGGUUCUUUCUGAAGGGUCAUGUUCCAGGUGUUGUUGAUUUUGAGAUCCACAACAAGAAAUCAAACGGGGAACAUAAACCUGACGAGGGCAACUGCAAGAAUUAUCUCAUGCAGAUGGCAACUAAGGGAAAUAAAUGCUAUGGCAGCAAGAACAUUGAUACUAAGGGAGGAACUUAUCAAGUUGAGGGUGAUGGUGAAAUCUCUUACCAUGCCCUACCUAGAGCCGCGUAA